AUGGCGUCGGGAUAUGGGAUGCACGGAGGUGUCGGACGCUGCUUUCCCUUCUGGCAGGAAGUUUUGGCGUGUUACGUCGUCAACACCUCUGCCGAGGACGAUUCUGGGAAAAAAAAAUGCUCACCCGUGCUGGAAGACUACUAUGAGUGUUUGCAUCACAAGAAGGAGCAUGCUAAAGCUGUUGCGAUGCAGGCAGCGUAUGCCAGAUCGGAAGCUGCGACACCUCGAGACGAUGCGCCAAGCGCCAAACAAAUACGGCAUCUGGGACUAUUGGAUAAGGAUGAGGAUACUAAAAAAGUGCUUCAAGCAUAA